UAUUUUGUAAUCGCUUUUUGUAGUUUUAUGUGCAAUGUAAAAUUAAAUGAGUGUCGCACUACUACUUUUGCUCAUAUUCGUUGAUUUUGCCAACUGUGAGUACGACACCCGAGUGAUCACUACCCUGAAGUAUUCCAAAUCGUACGUUCACCCAACAGUAAUCAACGGUAUACCAGCUCAGACUGGUCAGGUGCCUUUUCUAGUGUCCCUCAAAGAAAUCCUAGUAAAGGUAUCCGAUUUGAAGUACAUCUGGACUAACAUUUGUGGAGGGAGCAUCAUCAGCAAUACAAAGGUCCUAACAGCAGCACAUUGCUUUGAAGGAAAGAGUUUUUUGUAUUACCAUCACCCGGAGUACCUAAGAGUUGUAGCUGGCAACUUUACGACUGAAUUAAUUCAUACUGGCAACACUGACACAACCAGGCGCGCACAAUGGCGGAAAAUCAAAAAGGUUGUGCUCCAUAGAAAGUUUUUUUUCCCCGAAAAUGAUCUCGCUUUGGUAUUUGUGAAUGAACCUUUCGAAUAUAAUAUAAACGUAGGACACGUCGUGAUAGCCAAACGAAGGGCAGAUUACCCGAACCAAUGCAUUUCGGCUGGUUUCGGCAGUAUGAAUCAUAGUGAGGAUCGGAUUACCCCGAUUUUGUUAGUAGCCAAUAUGUUCCUAUUGUCCCGUCGCAACUGUUCCAAAAUGUGGGAGAUGAAUAUGGACAAGUUUAUUUGCACUUAUUCGUUUAUGAGUGACAUGGGAAGAGGGGAUUCUGGAGGACCAUUGGCUUGUAAAGGGACUGUAGACCCGGCUGAAAAGAAAGGCCUGCCGUUACUGGUCGGUGUAGUCAGUGGGAAAAACUUCGAUAAAACGACUCUCUUCACAAGGGUGUCAGCUUACAAGACGUGGAUUGCCAAUGCCAAGAGUGCAGCGUGCGCGAUUGGAGAUUACGUUUCGUAUUGUGAUAUUAAAUAUUUAGUUUUUGUUGUAAUACUUUAUAGUUUUUCCUGUGACUUACAUACUGAUGUUUGUGCGUGGUAA